AGCAGCCUGGCUCCCACGCUGUCCGCCGGCGUCCGUGCGCGGCGCGGCGGCCGCGCGACCCGUCCCCCCGCGGGCGCCGGAUGGCCGCCGGCGCCGCCGUGGCCUGGGCGGCCGAGGCAUGCAGAGGGGCUUCCCGAAUUUUGCGCGCUGGGCCGAGGCCACCCGGAAGUCCAGCAGCGCCACGGGCUCCAGCGUCGCGGCUGCAGCUGGGGAGGAGACCACCGGCUCCCCUGUGAGGGGCGAGCGUGCCGCUGGGUCCGGCGGCUCUGCAGGCUCUGCGUGGGCCGAGCACUGCGGGGCCGCCGCGGCGGGCUGGCGCGGCGCGGCCGGGGCCGGCGAGGCUGGGUGCGUGGAGGUGUCGGACCAGGUGAACCCGGCGUUGGUUGCGAUAGCUACUGGCAUCGGCCUGCUUACUGACAAGUACAUGCUGGAGGCAACGAACUUUGUCGAGCACUACGCCGAGAACAUGAAGUCGACCCCCGCGCAGCACUCCUUCAUCAAGUCCGCCAUGUACGCGGGCGCCAUUGCGGGCAUGGUGAGCUUCGGGCCGCUGUCCGACAUCUUGGGGCGCCGAAUCUGCCUCAUCCUCUGCUCCGUGAUCACACUGGCUGGAGCUCUGCUGAGCACCUGCGCCUGGAGCGUCGAUUGCCUGAUCGUCGCGAGGAUCAUCACGGGCGUCGGUAUGGGCGGCGAGUACCCCCUAGCCUCCACGCAUAGCGCCGAGUCCUCCAAGGACUCGAACAACGGGGCCCGGAACGUCGCCCUCCUCUACCUCUUCGGGUCAGGUGGCGGCCCGGCGCUGUGCGACCUGGGGCGCCUUGAGCAACCCCCGAACUUCCUGGACCUCUCCGGCAUGCCGCACAAAUACGUCUGGCGCUCCAUCUUCGGCAUCGGCGCAGCGCUGUCGCUCGCUGGGCUCGUGCUUCGCUACAAAACCACCAGAGACAGCAAGAAGUUCAUUAAGGCGCACAAGCGGGACAAGGGCGCCAGGCGGAAAUUCUUGGGGGCCUACUGGCAGCCCCUUGUGGGAACCGCCUUGGUCUGGCUGCUUUUCGACAUAGUCGAGUACGGCCUCAAGCAGAACGACGCUGCCAUCUUUGCGGCGGAUCAUUCGGGUCCCUACCGCAACAGUAUCCUCACUGUGCUCAUGACGCGUCUCCUUGCCAUUCCCUCGCUUGCCGUUGCCCCCGUACUGCUGCAGUGGUAUCCGAGCAAGUUUGUCCAAAUUGGCGGUUUUUGCGGCUGCAUUUUUGCAAAUCUCGUCCUCUGGACUCAAUAUGGUUGGCUCAAGCAGGAUGGCGCAGUGCAUACUUUUCUCUUCGACGCCCUCUACAUUGUCCAGUUGUCCUUCCAGAGUUUGCCCGGCGUCACUUCGAUGGCCAUCCCUGCGGAGAUCUUCCCCAGUGCGGUGAAGGGCACCGGGGCGGCCAUCAGCGCCGCCUCCGGCAAGGCAUCCCGGUCCUCGUCCGCCUGCCCCACUGGCCUGUAG